CCGAGGAACUCCCACACGGGGAGGGGCCACCUAAUUGAGUGGGAGUGACGUAGCGCGUGAGUGUCGGUCACGUGGCUCGCGACGGCGCAGCCUCCUUCCGGCUCUCCGGGGCCGGGCCGCGGAGACGAGCCAGACGCUCUGGCACAUGCGCAGUGGUGCUCCACGUGAACGUCUGCGUUUCUCCUCCGACUUGAGGAUGCCGCCCGAUCGCAAGAGCCGGACGAAACGAGACCGGAGAGCCGGCGCAAUGCCGGGGAGAAAAGCCAGACCCGGGAGCGGCAGCACGCCCGGAAAGGCCGCCCGUUCAUCCCAACGGACACUGCCGGCCGGGCCGAGGGCGGCCCCUAGCGCGGUAUCCGCGGCGGCGGCGGCGGCGGCGGCGGCGGCGGCGGCGGAGGAGAGCCGGCUCCGGCAGCGGAACCGCCUGACGCUGGAGGACGACGACAAGCCGGCCGCCGAGCGCUGCCUGGAGCAGCUUGUCUUCGGCGACGUCGAGGACGACGAGGACGCGCUGUUGCAGCGGCUGCGGAGCUCGCGGGGUCAGCUGCAUGGAAGCUCAGAUGACUCGGAAGUGGAAAAUGAAGCAAAAGACAAUCUUUCUCAGAAGAAGAAGAAGCCAGCUUGGGUGGAUGAAGAUGAUGAAGAUGAGGAAAUAGUUGACAUGAAGAACAAUCGGUUUCGGAAAGAUAUAAUGAAAAAUGCCAGCGAAAGUAAACUUUCAAAAGAUAAACUUCAAAAGAGACUUAAAGAAGAAUUCCAGCAUGCUAUGGGAGGAGUACCUGAUUGGGCAGAGACUGGGAGCAAGCGGAGGACCUCUUCAGAUGAUGAAAGUGAAGAGGAUGAAGAUGAUUUGUUGCAAAGGACUGGGAAUUUCAUAUCCACAUCCACUUCUCUUCCAAGAGGAAUCUUGAAGAUGAAGAACUGCCGGCCCGCCAAUGCCGAACGGCCUACCACUGCUCGGAUCUCAUCUGUACAGUUCCAUCCUGGUGCACAGGUGGUGAUGGUCUCUGGGGUAGAUAAUGCUAUCUCACUGUUUCAGGUUGAUGGCAAAACAAACCCUAAAAUCCAGAGCAUCUAUUUGGAAAAGUUUCCAAUCUUUAAGGCUUGUUUCAGUGCUAAUGGAGAAGAGGUUUUAGCCACAAGUAUGCACAGCAAGGUUCUUUAUGUCUAUGAUAUGCUAGCUGGGAAGUUAAUUCCUGUACAUCAAGUGAGAGGUUUGAAAGAGAAAAUAGUGAAGCGAUUUGAAGUCUCCCCAGAUGGAUCCUUCUUACUCAUAAGCGGCAUUGCUGGGUUUUCUCAUUUGCUAUCAAUGAAGACCAAAGAACUGAUAGGUAGCAUGAAGAUUAAUGGACGAAUUGCGGCAUCCACAUUUUCUUCAGAUAGUAAGAGGAUAUAUACCUCUUCUGGGAAUGGAGAAGUUUAUGUGUGGGAUGUGAAUUCGAGGAAGUGCAUUAACAGAUUUCUUGAUGAAGGCAGUUUAUAUGGAUUAAGCAUUGCUGCGUCAAAGAAUGGACAGUAUGUGGCUUGUGGUUCUAAGAGUGGAGUGGUAAACAUAUAUAAUCAAGAUUCCUGCCUCCAACAAACAAACCCAAAGCCAAUAAAGGCAAUAAUGAACCUAGUUACUGGUGUCACUUCCUUGGCCUUCAAUCCUACCACAGAAAUCUUGGCAGUGGCUUCAAGAAAAAUGAAAGAAGCUGUCAGAUUGGUUCAUCUUCCUUCCUGUACAGUGUUUUCUAACUUUCCAGUUUUUAAAAAGAGUGCUGUUUCUCGUGUUCAAACCAUGGACUUCUCUCCCAGAGGUGGAUACUUUGCGUUAGGGAAUGAGCAGGGCAAGGCUCUGAUGUAUAGGUUGCAUCACUACUCAGACUUCUGAAGAUUUUUUUUGAAAUCCAGUUGAAAAAUCCCAUCUCAGUACAUCUUCCCAGAAGUUUCCAAGUGUUGUGAUAAUAUAUGAAUAAUGAUUUAUGGAAUCUUCUUAAAUUAGCAGCAGUGUCUUAAUAAAUGUCUAACUUUGUUUGAAAAUAAGUGUACAUGAUUCUUUUAAUCUACACACAUGGUCAAGAAUGUGCUUUGUAUGUACUUUCUUUAAAACAAAAUGUAAGAAAUGGAAACUGUAGUAAAAAAUAAUAUAAGUGAAUAUUUUCAUUUAUAUUCCUCCUAUCCCCUAUAGUAGUCCUCAAGCCUUGGGAGGAAUAUAGAUGGUAUAUAUAUGUUUGUUGAGGGAACAUUCUGCAUUCCUUGGUCUCUGUAUCUUGACUAGUUAGGGGUUUUUGUAACUUACCAUCUACAAUAAAUGAUUGUAAAUAAAUGA